GAGACCAGCCUGGUCACCUCUGCCGCAUCACCUACGACCUGCCAGCAUGACCAACCAGCUGACUGAGGAGCAAAUCGCUGAGUUCAAGGAGGCCUUCUCUCUGUUUGACAAGGAUGGGGACGGCUGCAUCACCACCCAGGAACUGGGCACUGUCAUGCGGUCCCUGGGUCAGAACCCCACGGAGGCAGAGCUCCAGGGCAUGGUGAAUGAAAUCGACAAGGAUGGAAAUGGCACUGUAGACUUCCCGGAAUUCCUGAGCAUGAUGUCCAGGAAGAUGAAAGACACCGACAGUGAGGAGGAGAUCCGGGAGGCCUUCCGAGUGUUCGACAAGGAUGGCAACGGCUAUGUCAGUGCUGCCGAGCUGAGGCACGUGAUGACCAGGCUGGGGGAGAAGCUGAGUGAUGAGGAGGUGGAGGAAAUGAUACGGGCAGCAGAUACAGAUGGCGACGGGCAAGUGAACUAUGAGGAGUUUGUCCACAUGCUGGUGUCCAAGUGAGGCUGUGUCAGAGGCUGCGAUAACCAGGCGCCCAUGAGGCUCCUAAGCUGUUUGCAAGUUUUGCCGGAGAGUGGCUACCCUCACUGUGGUGAGAAUCUUACCCAGGCCUUGGGUGACUUUCCCUGUUUCCCAGCUUCCUCUGGGCUCUGUUGCGUCUCAGGCAAAGUGGACUUUAUCCACCAGACUGCAUUUUGCUUUCUCUUUUUUUCUGCCAGCUUCCCACCUGCUCACACCCCUUGACAGAGAAAGCCUCAGGCUGAGACAGGCAUCAACUCCUCCCAGCCCUCAAGAGCUGACACGGACUGUCCCAUCUCUGCAUGGACAGUGAGCCAAAGGACCCAUGCUUCUUUUUUUCUUUUUCUUUCUUUUUCCAACAGAAAUGAUCAUUAACUCCAUGGCAUAAACCAGGCUGGAAUCUCCGUGUGUGUGUGUGUGUGUGUGUGUGUGUGUGUGUGUGUGUGUGUAGCAAAAAUGAAGAAGUCUUCUUAACCUAGUAGCAUCUCAGAACCUCCUGGGUGGGGUUCUACCAGGCACCCAAUGCUUGGCAUCAAGAAAGCCUGUAGCCUACAUCACAGUUCCUGGAGCAUCUUAGACCAAAGACUUCAUCUGCUGUUCAGUUUGGGAAACAUCUGGCUAUGGAAUGAAAAGGAGUGAUGGGGACUUCGAGGACUGAGGUCAGGCCAUCUGGAAAA